AUGUCUUUAAUACAACACCUCGGCAAGGCUGCAUCCUUGGCCAUCACUUCAACUCGCCCUUAUUCCUCAACCCGAAUUCUGCGGUUCCCAUACAAAGAUUCUCAAGAUCGUAAAAGCCUUCGACCAGAUGUUUCAGAGAAUACAACGACCGCCCGCGACAGUGACAUAGCUGAACAACAUCCCGAAACCUCCUUCGAUCCAAAAACAACGUCACCCGAGGGGGCAUAUCGGGUCGCUGGGAAGGGGAGCAAAGAUGGAAAUCCACUUGAGGCCAGCGGCGCAAAUCAACCAUUGAGCAAGCCUCAAGGUGAUGAGAAGACGCCCAACAAGAACGGCCGUGGGAAGGAAACGUCUAAGACGGGGAAGCCCAGCAGAGUCUCAGGUGCUCCUAAACAUGGAAGCGCUCGCCAUCCUGGGCGAUAG